UGCGUCGCCGCAGUGAGCGCGCGGGUGUCAGCGGCUCGCGAUCGGAGCACCUCGGUGCUGUUCGGUGCUGCUCGGUGUGUGUGUGUGUAUGUGUGGGUGUGUGUGUACCCGGGUUUUUUUUAAGCAGCUGUAAGAAUGUGACGCGUUCACGUGCCCCGUUUUUCUGGACGCUUUCAUCCGUGUUUUUUUUGCCAUCACUGUUCCGUCCAUCAUCUGUCACUCCCCCGUCAGUGCGGAUUCACCUGGAGCGCUCUCUGCGGAACCGUCCGGGCUGAGGAGGACAUUCCGUUUGUCUUUAAGCAGGAGUGGACAAUAAUAUGUCCAGACGGAAACAGACCAACCCCUUCAAAGUUAACUGGCCAUUUCACACUCUGGGCAUCACAGGACUUCAGCACACGAUCAACAUGGACGGCAGGGACGAGUUCACCGAAGACAGCGAAUGCUGCAGCAACAACUCGCGGGAACUCCACGGGCAGGACAGCGUCUCAGGGCUGUGUUUGCCUCCAUAGAAGACAGCGACAGUGACCUCGACAACCACGGCGAGGACUUGUCCUCCAACACGUCCGCUGACGACCACAUGACCACCAAGAGGACGCAGUGUCGUCUUCAAGGAGCGGGAGUCAAAGAGGAGAGCGAGGACGGAGGAGACCACCUCCACAGCUUUGUGUGUCCUCUGUGCACGCUGGACUUCAGCAGCCCCGAGAAACUCAUCGCCCACAUCUACCAGCACACGAGUAUGAUGAGCAACACUAAGAGCUUCGUGUGCCCGGUGUGUGGGCGAGCGCUGAGUUCGCCUGGCUCACUCGGGCGCCAUCUUCUCAUCCAUUCCGAGGACCGCCUCUCCAACUGCGCCGUCUGUGGAGCGCGCUUCACCGACACCAGCAGCUUCAACAGAGAGAAGCUGAAAGACGUCCUCGACACGUCCAGGAUGGACGUCGCUGAUGGACGGAACACAUGUUCCUUGUCUCAGUCUGUGUCCAGCAGCCCCAUGAACAGCCCCGGUCCCGGCAGCCACGCCUGCCAUGGUCCUGGUCCCAGUCUGUGUCAGGGUCCACAUCCAUGUCAAGGCCCUGACCCCAGCACCAACUUAUGUCAGUCCAGUCUUACCUGUCAGGGGCUCGGCCCCAGACCGUGUCACGGUCCAGGCCCGGGAUCUGGACCAUGCUCAGGACCAGGACCCUCCUACCCCUCACUACCUGACGGUCUGCUGUCCGACGGGCCGUCGCUCGCGUCUAUCCCUGAUGCUCUGAACUCCUCUUCCUCAGGCCUUCCUCCCAUCCCUGACAUCUUGAGCCCGAUGCCGGUGUAUCCCGCCGGCGUGCUGCUGGUGUGCAACAGCUGCGUGGCCUAUCAGCAGCUGGUGGAGGCUCAGUCGCCGCUGAGGAAGUGGGCUCUGCGCAGAAAGAACGAACCUUUAGAAGUGCGUCUGCAUCGUCUGGAGCGCGAGCGCACGGCCAAGAAGAACAAGAGGGCGUGUGAGACGGACGAGGAGCGGGAAAUGAGGAGGCUGAGGGACCGCGAGGCCAAGCGCAUGCAGAGGAUGCAGGAAUCAGACGAGCAGAGGGCGCGCAGGCUGCAGAGAGACCGGGAGGCCAUGCGCAUGAAGAGGGCCAACGAGGCGCCCGACAAGAGGCAGGCCAGGCUGAUCCGCGAGAGAGAGGCCAAGAGGAUCAAGAGGCGGCUGGAGAAGAUCGACCCGGCUCUGAGGACACAGAUCGAGAACGAUCCUGCGGCCAUGGCUGCGCUCACGGCCGACAUGAGUCUCUUUCAGUUUCCCUGCCCCAUGCCCGUCCCUUCCAUUGACAACGGUCUGUUCAUGAAGCUGCCCUAACUGGACCGGACCACUCUGGGGACGGUUCUGAACAGCAACGUUAACCUCUGCACUCCACCGUAAAUGCUGUCACAGCAGAACCGUCUGUGUCCGACAGCUUCACACAAACUUCAGAUGAUUCCAGUGUGAACAGAGUGGACAGUGUUUCGUGUUGUUUGGAUAAAGACUUAAACGCAUGCUGUAAAGAGAUUUGAUCUUUUUCCAGCGGACGCUCAGAUUUAACACAGAGCAGUUGUAACUUUUGCACAUGGACCUUCAGUAAAGGGGGCGGGUUCUGUAGCCACAGCUCCUCCUCCUCCUCCUCCUCCUCCUCCUCUCUGGUCAGCUCUGCCAGUCCAGUGACCCGGGUUUACUGGUAGCCACACCUCUGUCUUCAAGCUGCCAUCGCGGGUCUGCGAAGUUCAAAUUCAGUCCAAAUACUACCUCAGUGCGGCGACGCCCCCUCUGUCUCCAAGCUUCCAAAGCUCUUUAUCUACUGUACACUAUACUCCAGAGGAUGCAGGUCGUGUGUGUGUGUGUGUGUUUAUCACUGAGGCACUUUUAAAGGAACAGUUCAGGUGUUUUGUGAAGUAUGAGCUGUCGCUUUGUUUAAAAGCUUUGUUUAAAAGUCUUUUACAUGACCUGAGUUUCCUUUGACGCUUUAGUCCUGGUUCACACAGGACGUGUGUGUGUGCGUGUGUGUGCACGUGUGUGUGUGUGUGUGUGUGCGUGUGCGUGUCUUCAUGUGUGUCCAGUAUGAUGACAGCUGCUGACUGAAGUGUGAAAACGCAGCGGCGACACGUCCAGUGUGAAGCAGGCCUUCGUGUGUGGAUGUUUCGCUCACUCGUGUUUAGUCACUCACAGCGCCCUCUGCUGAAUUACGCAGGAAUGACUUCAGACUUAUUUUCUAGGUUUGAGUUUAAACUUCCUGCUCUGACUAACUGAAGAUAGUAAAUUCUUAUUAUCUGUUCUACUCUAAAUGUUUUUCAGAUAUUAUUUUCCAUCAUGAACAGAAGCUGUUACAGUGAUUAGAUCAGCUGUGUUGGUUAAACUUAAGAAUUUUAUUCCAUUUUCAACAGCAGCAGCUUUUCUUUGCUCUUUUUUCACUAAAAAAGAAUAAAUUAUAAAUCAUGAGUUUUUCUCUCCAGCUCUAAACAGACGUCACUCACUGACUCUGCAUCAGUGCCUGAAACACCUUCACGUCAAAGAACCUGAACUGUUCCUUUAAUGGGACUCAAACAUUCAACAUCAUGUGUUCAUCACGUGACUCCCAGGUUUGUCCUGUUAGUGUCGAGCAACAUUCCCGUCAUCUUCAUGCAUUUGCCUCUCGACACUCUCUUCACGUUCUCUUCACGUUCUGUCCACAUCGUUCUCUUCAUGUUCCCCUUAUGUUCUCGUCAUGUUCUCUUCAUGUUCUCUUCCCUCAAUCGCUCCUCGUUCUCUUUGCCACUUUGAAUCUGUUUUCUCUCCGUGGUCACACACACACACAGACACAGGUGUUGAAUACUUUGCCGGUUUGUUUUGUUGAUUUGUUGAUUUGUCGUUUUGUUGCAGAGCGUUUUUCUGCCUGUUAGAAUCUCAGUUGUUGGCUGCUGUUCUCGUACUGUACGACACAUUAGUUACCUCUUUAUAGUUUGGGCUCAUCAGUUCAGUUCAGUGGUUACUGACGACAGAAAUAAUCACAUUACUUGAAUUCUGCCCACUCAGACGUAUUUCUCUCAUCAUUUUUAUCAUUAUUAUUAUUAUUGUACUGAGGCUGUCUCUCUCACACACACACUCACACACAGAUGAUGCAGAUUGUGUAGCAUUGUGAGGCUGCACAACUUUACCACUUGUUUAUCUCUAUAAAUAGAUCUAUUUCUCUUCUGUCAGCAGGAACCAUGGUUUGAACCUCAUGUCCCUGUUUUUGAGGCUAAUUGAAUGAAAGUUACGGCCCAUACUGGGAGACAGAUUUUAUUCAUUAACCUCAUUCCUGCACAUAUUUAUGCAAUAUCAUGUGAAUAUUGUUGUUUUGUUUUUUUGUGAAGAUAUCUGGGUUACAUUGUAUCUGUUGAUGAUAUAAAGUUGUUCACACUUUCUUAAAUAAGACGCCAUGUUUGGAUGUCCCUGGUUUAAAGGUCAUGGUUCAGUGCCGUUAACUCGUCCAGAUGCAAACAUACAGUGAUCAGAGGUGGGGACGGUUUGAGUCUGUUACACAAAAUUGAAUUAUUAACCGUGUGGAUUUCUGGGAGAUUUCAAACCUCUAUGCAACAGAUUUUAUUCCAUUUAUUUCCACUGAAACUGAAACUAUGCAGAAUGCAACUUUAAGUUAAACAGACGUCAAAGCUUCUCAGGCAACGCGACUCAGCGAGAGGUCCACCGCUCUGAUCCUGAACAAUGGUCACGUGAUGUGAUGGAGACAGUCGGGACGCGUCAUGUGACUUCAGCAGAGACACUUUAGUCUUUGAAGACGUGAAAGAAGCAGCAGCAGCAGCAGCAGCAGCAGCAGCAGCAGCAGCAGCAGCAGCAGCAGCAGCAGCAGCAGCAGCAGCAGCAGCAGCAGCGUCUCACUGCCAUCAAACCCAUGACUUCAGGUGUCUCCUCUCCUCUCCCCUCGUCUCCUCUCCUGUCUCCUCUCUCAGACUGAAUGCUGAGCGCUGGCUCUCGUCAGAUGUUGCUCCUGUUUUUUUUGGAACUGCUGUGAUCUCUUUGAGAACUUCAGUGUGUGAUGUUUGGAUGCAGAGGAAGUCCUGGUUCCUGCUGGUGUUGACGAGCAGUUUCCCCUGAGUCCAGAUUACGUUAAGCACUGCAUGUGGUGAAAAUGCACUUGUCCUAGAAUGGUUCUAUAUGAGCUCGUGUUCUCUGGUUUCUUUAUGCCUGCCUGUUUUUGUUUUUGUUUUUGUUGUUUUUUACCGUGAAAAAGAAAAAUGUUAAUUAAAAAUUGUUGGCCUUUCUAUAUGAACAAGUCUUUCAGGAUUUCUUCUCUUAAUGUCCAUGUUUACAAAGUAGAUCCCUCUGAACAAGGCCAAAUGAAUGAGCUCGCUCCUGCAGGGGGCGCCACCCUGUUAUCACAGUUGUACAGACCACAGUUAAACCUGGUGAUGAAUGUGGAAAUAAACAUUGACUUUAUGAUAAUAGAA